AUGGGUCCCUCAGGCUUUGCCACUGAAGAAACAUGCCUGAUGACAGUGCUCCGUGGCAACGCACGAUUCCAAGUUAAUGUCGCAGUCGCGCGAGUGGAUGGCACAAGUUUUGGUAAAAAGCUGGUACAACAGAUGGAGCUGCGGAAAAGGCGUCCACGGGGCAAAGCGAGAGACAUGCCACUGUUCGACCUGAUCUAUCAACACUGCCUGCCUCUUCUCGAAAGCUUGGCUCCGCGGACGUCACUCCAGGACCUCAGCCUUGAAGGUUUUCUCCACUCGCCUACUUAUGAUCUAGAGCUCACUCGAGGAGAAAGCAGCGAGGAUGUACGUAUCGUAGGAGGAGACAAGUGCGUGUACACGCCAGCUUUCUUCAUCUCCCCUAUGCGCACAGCCGACUUGCCUAGACCAUGCAAAGCACUACGUCACUUUGAGGCGCGCAACCUUCGGAUAGCACGCACAGCAAACGAGGGGAAGAAUCUCGAUGCAGUACAAGGCAGAGUAGUAACGGCAGAGGGUAGCCCGCUGUACUUCAAGCCGCGGAUGGAGCUACGUGAGGCAGAAUUCGAGCGUGAGCUCAAUAUCCUAAGACGUAUCGACGAAGCCGGUCUGGCAGUUCGGCUCAGAGUGCCUAGACUGCAGGGUGUGGUGGUGUCGGGCGAGGAUACCAUCGGCAUGUUGAUGACACUGAUCACUUCAUCCAGCAUGGGGACCCACCUGCGAAGUGCUGGCCUUCAGGACAGACAAGAGUUGCAUAAACAGUGGGAAGAACAACUCACAGCCAUCGUGCGGGAGCUCCACGCUCACGGCAUUGUGUGGGGCGAUGUCUACCCGAUGAAUGUUAUCAUUGACGAAGAGAUGGACGCUUGGGCCAUUGAUUUUGGUGGGAUGAACAAUGCCGAGUUCGUGGAUGACGAGAAGCGUGAGACUGUCGAGGGUGACUGGCAGGGCCUCAAGAGGAUGUUUCAGGAAUGGCUCCCAGACGCAAAGAGACGGAGCCAAUGGUAG